GGCAGAACUGCGUCCGUUUUGUAAUUCCCUCUCUCUAUCCAUCCAGUGUCAGUUAACACUUCGACGGAAAUUCAACUCAACAGGUGUGCCAACUAACUGCCAAGAUGUCUCACACAGUAACGGUGACUCGGACUACGACGUCCACCACGACGUCAGCCAUCAUCCUCAACACUGGCUACUGCAAAACAGCUCCAGGCCUCCUCAAGAUUGCAGAAGUUCUGCUAGGCCUGGCUCUGUUCAUUCUCAUCACUGUCUACUCCGACGAGUUCCGUCUCUUCUUCCAUUCCUCCAUCACGAGCCAUCUCUACCUUUAUCUCGUCUCCUUCGCUUGUUUCUUCGGCAGCUUCUGUCUUCUUGCUGCCUGUCUCUUCUCACUUGGAACCUCUUCAAUCAUCGCAAAGACACUGUUUGAGUUUAUUUUCCACGGCAUAGCGUUUCUGCUGUACUUGGCCACCCUAAUUCUAUACUUUGUCCAAGGACGCAGGAAUGACGAACACCCUUACGCUACAGCUGGGAUUCUGGGAGUGGUUCUUUCGCUGUUGUACCUUGCCAGCACAAUUUUGGCUUAUCGUUCGUACAGAGGCGUCUAAACAUUGAACAAUCAACCACUAACCAUCAUCACUAUCUUCAUCAGACAUUUUAUUGUUUUGCACAUGUUUUCUCUAUAAGUCUUUUUAUAUGUUGUGUAAUCAUAAAUGGUGAAACUUUGGUGAAAUUUUUGAACCAGCCAAGAUUUAUGCCAGUCAAGUAUUUAUUUUUAUAGUUUAUUUUUACAAAAAAAAAAUGUAUAACAGAGUUGAUAUGGAAAGUCAUAGAAUAUAGUUAUUUUUAAAUAGAUCUGAAUCCUUAUACUAGCACUUAUGUAACCUUUGGAAGCUAAUUCUUGACUUUAAGAUGGUUCUUAAAAAUGUAGCUUAAAUACAAGGUACUUAAGUUUUUUAUUAGUUUUUGUUUAUCAUCUAUGUAAUGUUAAUUGUUAUUGGACACGUUAUUUUUUAAAUUUAGCUGUAAGUUAUUUUGUUUUCUUUAACACUAUUUGUUGUGAAUUAAAAUUUUUGUUAGUGCUUGUGUAUGCCUUUCUAGUGUUUUCUAGUUGUAUUGUUUGGUGCGGUUUAUUAUUUACUCAAAUUCCCAUUUUAUAUUGAAAUGUUCUUAAGUCUUGCUCAUUCAAAUAGAACAAAAACCUAACAUAACUUUAGGUUAAAAAACAAAGAAAAAGGUGGAAUAAAAAUGAAAAUCAGACAUUCAUUUAUAAAGCACAAGGGUUAUAGUUUGUCUGGGAUAUUUAAUCAAUGCAGUAAGGUUAAAACAUUAUGCAAUGUUUGUAAGUCAGUUAGAUUAACUAUUUUACUAUAGUUCGGCCGCUUAGAAAACGACCUGCGCGCUAAUGCUAAUGCAAACCAAUGCUGGAAGAGGUCGCUUUCUACGCGGCCGAACUAUAGUAAAUUUCAAUGAGUGAACACAAUAUUACCCAAAAUAACAUAAAACGUGAUUAAUGACUUCAAACUACAAAGGCAUACAUAAGGUAUAAUUUACUGUUGAUUGUUUAGCAAACGUUUUGCUUGGGUAAGCUUAUUGUCAUUGUUGCCAAUCGUACAUCAAAUAACAAAAUAUAAGUGCUGUGAAUUAUUUUAACAUGACAUUUAUUUAAAUAAGACUGUUUACGCCACCAUAAAAUCUCUAACUAACGGAGAGAGGAUAUUGUUGUAAGAUACCAUACACCAUCCCAACAAAAAUAUAAUAUUUUUCAAAUCCAGGCACCAAAAUCAAAUAGUGUAGGAAAAUUGAGACAAAAAAAACUAGGUACGUCAAUAUUAAGAAGUCUUCUUCACACAUUUAUUUUAAGUAAAGAGAUACAGUAGCAAAAAUUAUGAAAAAAGCAAAGGAUUGGUAUUUGAUGCUUGCAUUAAAAAAUUGGUGCUAAAUUUUGCAUUUAGAAUAGAAUAUUUAGAAUUAUAUACCUUCUAUUUUUAACACUGACUGCUACUCUACUGCCAUUGUUGUAAUAAUAAACAUACUGAGAAAAAGCCUAUGUCCGUUAAUUUACUU